AUGUUUAUUGACAUAGCAUUAGCACCAGUUGAAGAAGGAUGGUUAAUAGGCCCGAACUAUAUAUUACCACAUGGAUGUCAUUUCCGAUUAGGAACUGAAGUAUUAGCAAAGUCAAACUCGAAAAUAGCCAGAUCAGCACGUGCGUAUGGAGGUGAAUGGCGCUUCUCAGCAGUCUCGAACAUUCCAAGAAUUUUUAGAAUAACCAAACGCCAUACGUUAGAAAAAAUAAACUCAGUUGAGGAAUUUAUUGAAGCAGCCUUAAUUGUAAUUGGAGAAGAGAAGAAACGUCUUAAAUGGAGGCGACCUAUUGAGCUUUGA